GAGAGAGAGAGAGAGAGAGAGAAAGAGAGAAAGAAAGAGAGAGAGAGAGGGAGAUUGUAAAAAAAAGGAUAGAAGAGUCUGUGUUUUAUCGUCCUAUAAAGUGAACCAAUGAACGCGUUUCACCGGCGUACGAGGGAAACGCUGAAACGAAAAAGAAAAGAACAAUUAUUAAGCCAGCCACGGCGUGCCUGACAAUUCGAAAACGCGGAACAUUUCGAAAAACAACAUUAUCGUUUUGUUUUACAUAUUCGUGAGAGAACGCAUCGCGUUUCAUUGACAACGCGAGCGCCACUGGCAAUGUCGGGAAGUGACAGUCCAACGUUUUUUCACGGCCAACCCUGGUCCAAUUGGAUCGAAAGAAUCGGAAGGGAUAAACCAUUAAGUGAUGAAGAAUCAGAAGCAAAACCAACAAGUACAGUUACUCGUCUUUCUGCAGAAGACAUCGAUCUCUAUGGAUUCUGUCCAGAAAGAGAUACUUUUUAUGGAGUGGUCUGUGAGAUAUGCAACGCCAUAGUAAAGCCACAAGCUCUUAUUCAGCAUAUGGAGAGUCGACAUCCAAGCGGUGCAGGCAAUUUCCCAACCCCUUCUUUACCUACAACGAAACCUACAGUGAAAACGCCUUAUUGUAAAGUAUCUAAACUGAAGAAAACGCAAUCUGCAUCUACGCAAAAUUCGAGCAAUACUAAAGUGAUUCAUACGUCAAUAAAACGCACUUCAACGACAGAAACGCAACAACAGCAACAACAGCAGCAGCUGCAGCAACCUAGUAAUACCUCAUCAACGUCAUUACCAGUUUCAUCUUCACCUAGAUCACCAUUAGAAACUACGUUGCAAACUGUACAAACGGCUACGACCAGUACGGGCAGCGGUUCAAUAGCUUCGUCGAGUCCGGUUAAAAGUCCUGGUAACAGUGGACAAACUAGACGGAAAAGGCUUAAAACGGAUCGUUCGCUUCUCAAAGAUCGCGAAUAUGAUCCUGAUCGACAUUGCGGCGUAUUGAAUGAGGAAACCGGGAAACCGUGCACGAGGUCGCUCACGUGCAAAGCCCAUACAGUAUCAUUGCGUCGUACCGUUAUUGGUAGAAGUAAAACAUUCGACAAAUUACUCGCUGAACAUAGAGCAGCCAAGGAAGUACCGACUAGUACAAGAACAACGAAAUUAUCAGUAACUGGUACCGUCGUUUCACUAUCAUCACCGUCGGUCAAUGCGUUGUCGUUGACAACAAUAGCUUCUACCACGAAUAUUGAUUCCGAAGCACCGAGUUCGCCUCCUGUAUUAUCAUUGCCAGACACCUACCCACUGCCAAAGGCUGUUGAUUUGCUUUAUCGGUGUCUGGCCCCGCAUGGCUCCACUAAACCUACCAAGCUCGAAGAGGAGUUCGGUAACGAGGAACUACGGAGCCUAGAGUCGUCCUUGGUUGAAGCAAGCGUGUCCACGUCCAAUUCGCAGACAACCACACAAUCUUCUACGGGUUCGAUAAUCAUGGGUCCUUUAUCGGCGGUCUUGCCAUCGUUCACGGAAUUGCCAACGAACGAAGAGGAGGAUGUAACGAUGGCUCCCCUGAUACAAGCUUCCUCAUCGGCACCAACGACGGCAUCGACAUCCACGUCGACAUCGGCAGUAGCAGUAGCAGCAAUAGCAGCGGCAUCGGUGUUACCAACCACAUCGUUAACUUCGAUGAUGGUGUCACCUAUGGCGGUUACAUCUAACGACGUACCAUCCCCUACGGCUUCUGGUACGCCAACGACCACUCAAACAUCGAUCGUAACACCAACUCCGUCAACGACGCCUAACGCGACGAUGACUUCGUCUACAACCCCUCCGCAUAAUACGAGUGCCAUUACGGCCUCAUUGGUUGACACUGAAAAUUCUUUGGACGUUGAUCCUGACGAUCCAAUCGGCAGUAUAUACUCGGCCGCUUUUAAGGACGAUAAAACACUCUCGUCAUUACGUUCGAACAAUCUUUUACUUUCGCCAUUAUCAAGGAGUUCCUAUCAUCGGCAACUUCAACAAGCUUCCUCCAUAUCCACCAUGAAUCUUUUCGAAUCAGUUGAUCAGCUCGAACAACGUAAUACAGCUCCGAUUAAUGGUAAAAGACUUCAUCAUGCUAAUCAUACCAGCCCAUUGUUAGGUCCCAGGCCAAGCAAAAGAAGCAAACAGGAUUACCAACAUGGACAGGAUUAUUCUACAUCUAUACAACUCGAGGCUACUACUACUUCAACGCCUUAUCCUAAUUUCGGUGAUAUCACUUGGUCAAACUGUCAUCCCGAACCACUAGCUGUUACUCGGUGGCUUCGUAUUACGUCUAGCCGUAAGCAGUACAAUUUUAAUAUUCACUGACAUAAGACCCCACCUACUCCAGGCUAAAGGACGAUUUUUUUUUCUGCUUUUUCAUUUCACAUUUGAUACUUCUUUUUUCCUUCUUCUCUCUCUCUCUCUCUCUCUCUCUCU